AUGAAGAACGCACAAAGGCAGAGGGCCAAGGCCGUGGGAGGACUACAGGGUGCAGGUGCGGGCGCGGGUGCGGGUGAGGGUGCGGGUGCGGGUGCGAGUGAGGGUGCGGGUGAGGGUGCGGGUGAGGGUGCGGGUGCGGGUGCGGGUGCGGGUGAGGGUGCGGGUGAGGGUGCGGGUGAGGGUGCGGGUGAGGGUGCGGGUGCGGGUGCGGGUGAGGGUGCGGGUGAGGGUGCGGGUGCGGGUGCGGGUGCGGGUGCGGGUGAGGGUGCGGAUGAGGGUGCGGGUUCGGGUGCGGGUGCGGGUGCGGGUGCGGGUGCGGGUGAGGGUGAGGGUGCGGGUGAGGGUGCGGGUGAGGGUUGCGGGGUGCGGGUGCGAGUGAGGGUGCGGGUGCGGGUGAGGGUGCGGGUGCGGGUGCGGGUGAGGGUGCGGGUGCGGGUGAGGGUGCGGGUGAGGGUGCGGGUGCGGGUGAGGGUGCGGGUGAGGGUGCGGGUGCGGGUGCGGGUGAGGGUGCGGAUGAGGGUGCGGGUUCGGGUGCGGGUGCGGGUGCGGGUGCGGGUACGGGAGCGGGUGCGGGUGCGGGUGCGGAUGAGGGUGCGGGUGCGGGUGCGGGUGCGGGUGUGGGUGAGGGUGCGGGUGAGGGUUGCGGGUGAGGGUGCGGGUGAGGGUGCGGGUGAGGGUGCGGGUGCGGGUGCGGGUGCGGGUGCGGGUGAGGGUGCGGGUGCGGGUGCGAGUGAGGGUGCGGGUGAGGGUGCGGGUGAGGGUGCGGGUGCGGGUGCGGGUGCGGGUGAGGGUGCGGGUGCGGGUGAGGGUGCGGGUGUGGGUGCGGGUGCGGGUGCGGGUGCGGGUGCGGGUGAGGGUGCGGGUGAGGGUGCGGGUGCGGGUGCGGGUGCGGGUGAGGGUGCGGGUGAGGGUGCGGGUGAGGGUGCGGGUGAGGGUGCGGGUGAGGGUGCGGGUGCGGGUGCGGGUGCGGGUGAGGGUGAGGGUGCGGGUGAGGGUGCGGGUGCGGGUGCGGGUGCGGGUGAGGGUGAGGGUGCGGGUGUGGGUGCGGGUGCGGGUGAGGGUGCGGGUGAGGGUGCGGGUGAGGGUGAGGGUGCGGGUGCGGGUGUGGGUGCGGGUGCGGGUGCGGGUGUGGGUGAGGGUGCGGGUGAGGGUGCGGGUGAGGGUGCGGGUGAGGGUGCGGGUGAGGGUGCGGGUGAGGGUGCGGGUGCGGGUGCGGGUGAGGGUGCGGGUGAGGGUGCGGGUGCGGGUGCGGGUGCGGGUGAGGGUGCGGGUGAGGGUGCGGGUGCGGGUGCGGGUGAGGGUGCGGGUGCGGGUGCGGGUGCGGGUGAGGGUGCGGGUGAGGGUGCGGGUGCGGGUGCGGGUGAGGGUGUGGGUGAGGGUGCGGGUGAGGGUGCGGAUGAGGGUGCGGGUUCGGGUGCGGGUGCGGGUGCGGGUGCGGGUGCGGAUGAGGGUGCGGGUGCGGGUGCGGGUGAGGGUGCGGGUGUGGGUGAGGGUGCGGGUGAGGGUGAGGGUGCGGGUGAGGGUGCGGGUGAGGGUGAGGGUGCGGGUGAGGGUGCGGGUGAGGGUGCGGGUGCGGGUGCGGGUGAGGGUGCGGGUGCGGGUGCGGGUGAGGGUGCGGGUGAGGGUGCGGGUGCGGGUGCGGGUGAGGGUGCGGGUGAGGGUGCGGGUGCGGGUGCGGGUGCGGGUGAGGGUGCGGGUGAGGGUGCGGGUGAGGGUGCGGGUGAGGGUGCGGGUGAGGGUGCGGGUGCGGGUGAGGGUGCGGGUGAGGGUGCGGGUGAGGGUGCGGGUGAGGGUGCGGGUGCGGGUGCGGGUGCGGGUGAGGGUGAGGGUGCGGGUGAGGGUGCGGGUGCGGGUGCGGGUGAGGGUGUGGGUGAGGGUGCGGGUGAGGGUGCGGGUGCGGGUGCGGGUGAGGGUGAGGGUGAGGGUGAGGGUGCGGGUGAGGGUGCGGGUGCGGGUGCGGGUGCGGGUGAGGGUGCGGGUGAGGGUGCGGGUGAGGGUGCGGGUGAGGGUGCGGGUGCGGGUGAGGGUGCGGGUGAGGGUGCGGGUGCGGGUGCGGGUGAGGGUGCGGGUGCGGGUGAGGGUGCGGGUGAGGGUGCGGGUGCGGGUGAGGGUGCGGGCUGA